CCGCCGGACACGGCCGUCAGCGGUAAAACGGUCCGAAUUCCGAGCGAGUGCGUUGUAUCUGGAAAUCGUUUAUGAGGAAAAAAAUACUACUUUAGUGAUAAAAGUACCACAAUUGCAUCCAAUUUUUUUUUUUUUUUAUGUGGAAUGAAACGUAUCUCAGUAUUUUUGAAACGAGCGAUUUUUCUUCGAUCGCGGUACCAGAAGACGACGACGACGAAUCCGAUUCGAAACGCAUUCGGACUUCGGAAGACAUAUUCACGAUCUGGCGGACAAUAAUAACGUGCAACUCGAAUAGCCAAUUUUGCACCCACUUGCUGUAGUAUGCGAUAAUAUUUUUCAAAGAAAGUAUGGCUAACGAUAAUUUGGAAGAUUUGAAAAACGGCAAACGACCAGCGCCGUCUGCAAAUGCUGAAAUGUCAGAAGUUGACGAUCUCAUACAAGAAAACGCUGAAAAAAUCAGAGUGGGACGUGAUUUCCAAGCUGUCAUUCCAAAACUAAUGGUUCUCCCAAAAAACAGACGUGAACGACUAAACAAAAAAGCACUAUUAGUUUGGUCUCCAACUGAUAAUAUUUCAGAACAUAAAUUAAAUGAAUACAUAUUAUUAUCGAAAGAAAGAUAUGGCUACAACAGCGAACAAGCGUUGGGAAUGCUAUACUGGCAUCACCACGACAUGGAAAAAGCUCUUAGUGAUCUAUCAAAUUUUGCACCUCUACCAGAUGAUUGGUCACCUGAUGAUAAGCUUACAUUUGAAUCCGCUUUUAAUAGCAUUGGGAAAAAUUUUUUACGCAUCAAACAAAUGAUGCCUGAUAAACCUAUAGCAUCAUUAGUCAAAUAUUAUUAUCUAUGGAAAAAUAAGAGAAAGAAGACCAGUGUUAUUGAUCGACAAGCUAAAAAAUUAGCUAAUGUCCGUACAAAUGAGAAUCAAAACGGGAGUAGAGAAGGGUCAAGUUCUGCAGAAUCUGAACCUGAUGAAAAGAAGGAUCCCGGGGAAGGAAGUUCAAAACUGAUUUGUUCAGUUUGUGGAGUUUUGGUUACUACGCUUUGUACUACAUCAAAAGGACCAAUGUGUGGUACAUGUCAAUCACAUUUCAAUAGGACUAAUGGUGGUAUUAGACCAACACUAGGUCCGCCACGUCCAAAUAAUCGCCAUUUGAAUGUUGCUCGUAAUAAACGUUUACCACCACGGGGCAUGUAUGUUAACCAUGAUGAUCUUCAAUCUAUUGCAACUGAAUCCAAUGGACAAGGAGAUAAUAUUCUAAUGGCAAUGGACGAUGAGGUUGUAUCAUUAAAAUGCAAAAUACAGUCAAACAAACAAGAUAUUGGACAUGUGCAUAAGAAACUUAAACUAGAUGUUUCUGAAUAUCGAAACAGUGAACCUACCACAAGUCGUAUUACAAGUCGAUGGUCCAAUCAGGAAGUUAUGCUUGCUAUUCAAGGAAUGCAAAGGUAUGGAAAAAAUUUUGCAGCCAUUUCUGAAGCACUGGGAACAAAGAAUAUAAGCCAUUUAAAAACAUUUUAUGUUCAUUAUCGCAAGCGUUAUAAACUGGAUACAAUACUUAAAAAGUAUGAAUCUGAUCACAAUUCAAUAAUUGAGCUUAGUGAUGAUGAUGAUGAACAGGUCAUUAGAAAAAAAAAGUCUUCGUCUACAAUAACAAGGCAAAGUACACCAUCUACUUUGACUUCUGGAACCCGACUAAUUAGUAACAUUACAUUGAAUUCUAAAACACAUCAAACGACUGCUGCUGCAAAGUGAUACUCAUAAUUAUGAUGGCUUCUAUUAUUUCUCACUGCCUUUUAUUUUCCAUAUUAUUUAACCUACUUAUCAAAUAAAUAAUAUCAAGUGUAUUACAAGAAAUGUGUAAACUAUUAUAUUGUAUUCUUUUAAAUUUAAAAUUAACGGAUUUAUUUUAUAAUCAAAUUUUACCCUGUAAUUGGAAAUUUUUUGUAAGUAUUUUAAAAAAACAUUAAUGAUAGUCUACAAAAAUUGUUUUGUUAGAUUUUAUUUUUUCAUAAACUUUUUUUAAACUAAUAAAUUACAACUUUGUGUUAAAUUUGUAUGUUAGUAGUAUUUUUAAUAUCUUAGAAUAAGUAAAAUUGUACAGUUAAUUGUAAGUAUUGAAACAAUUAAAGUAAUUAAUAUUGUUGA